AUGGCUUCCCUCCGACUUGGCGUGGUUCAAAACCAUCCUUCCAAGAUCCAGCUCGAACGGAUUUCCCAUGUAUAUUUCGAGCAUCCAGAUCUUGAUGAUUUCGGCAAAUUUGCCCUAGACUUCGGUCUAGUUGAGGCGUGGCGCUCCGACGACGUAGUCCUCUAUCGCGGCUACAGCAAAGAUCCGUACUGUUACGUCGCCCGCCAGGCUCCAGCGGGCACCGCGGCGUUUGGUGGUGGGGCCUGGAUUGCCCAGACCCAAGAGGACUUCGAUAAGGCUGCAGCCAUGGAGGGAGCCGAGGUCUCAAAUCUCGCUCCGUAUCCCGGAGGCGGUCGCAGGGUAACGCUGAAGACGCCCUCCGGGUUCUUAUUCCACGUGUUGUCUGGGCAGGUUGAAAGACCGGCGUGCGAGUCCGCCCCGUCUGCAGUGGUUGACAACCUGGGACCCUUCAACGGGAGCAUCAGCAAGCACAGACUCGGUAAGUUCUUCCAGCGGUUUCACCCUGGGCCGGCAAUGAUCUAUAAACUGGGCCACUACGGAUUCAUUGUCGCCAAGUGGGAUGAGGAAAUCAAGUGGUACACGAGCAAUUUCAACUUCGUUCCAUCUGACGUGCUCUCGCUACCCACGAAUAAGGAUAUAGCCGUUAUUGCCUUUAUGCACCUAGACCUAGGAGAGCGAUUCUCAGACCACCACAGUCUUUUUCUCAGCCGUGCGGCCCCCGGAGAGCAUGAUCGCCUGCAUCAUACGUCUUAUGAAGUGGAGGAUUUCGAUACUCAGCUCCUUGGACAUGACUGGUUGGCAAGCAAGGGUCACAAAGCUGUGUGGGGUGUGGGAAGGCAUAUUCUAGGAUCGCAGAUUUUCGACUACUGGAGAGAUCCCAGUGGGUUCAUCAUUGAACACUACACCGAUGGAGAUCUGGUCAAUGUUCACGCAGGCACGAAGCGGGGUAUUGCUGGUCCGCUAUCCGUCUGGGGCCCCGAGAUGCCCCCUGAGAUGACUGAGGAUGGGGUAAAGGCCACACGGCAUGAGUUGCAUGUGAUGGUUAGAUAA